CAGGCAGGAUAUAAGGGAGAACAAGUGGAUCUUGGCAGAGUUUCCAGGAAAGAAAAGCUGCAGGUGCAGACUGGGUGCAGUGCUCAAAGGAAUAACAAUGUCUGACAAUUUGAAGGACUCGCAUCAGCCCUUUCCUGAUGUCAUCCACUGCUGGAUUUGGGGGGAGGGGACCUCCGUGCACCUGGCUACGUCACAUGCCGGGAUGAACGCACCUUUUUCGGGGUGUGGCCAGAGAUGAGACGAUGACUGCGGUCUGUGGAAUGAGGCGAAGAUACCCACAGGUGAGGCGAGCACACACACAGGGCGAGCAGCUGGCUCUGAGCUCAGUGCACAGCUAAAGUUUCCUCUUCGUCUUCUUUCACCGCCAGUCGAGGAGUUUUUGUUUCUUUAGUUUCGUGUCACCAUGCGGAGAAUACCUGCCGCGGUCCUCCUGCUGUCGCUUCUAAAAGUGUCGGUGUGCAUACAGGUGAUCGUUCCCCAGCAGGAGCGCAGCACGGCUCUGUUUGCCUCAGUGAUCCUCCGCUGUGACUACUCCACCUCAGCAAACCUCCAGGAUGUUCUGGUCACCUGGAGGUUCAAAUCCUUCUGCAAGGACCCUGUGCUGGAGUACUACUCCACAGCGUACCAGUCCGCACUACAGCUGGGUCAGGACCCGUCCAAUGACUGUCCAGAUCGUCAGAGGACGGUGCGCACGGUGAUCCAGAAGAGAGGAAGCAACGAGCCGACACUGGGAGCAGAGUACCGUGAGCGAAGGAUCACCAUCCAGAAUAAGGCAGACCUGGUGAUCACCGAGGUGAUGUGGUGGGACAACGGGGUGUACUUCUGCGCUGUCGAUGCUGCUGGAGACACCUCUGGAGAUUCUGACAAAGAAGUCAAACUCAUUGUUUACCAUUGGUUGACGGUGUUGUUCAUCAUCAUCGGAGCCCUCCUCCUCAUCAUCCUCUUCGGUAUCUGCUGCUGCCAGUGCUGCCCUCAAAAAUGCUGCUGCUAUGUUCGCUGUCCCUGCUGCCCACAGCAAUGCUGCUGUCCUGAAAAAGCGGUGAUGCAGCACCGUAUGAUGAUGGAGGCUCAGAGGGCCAUGGCUCCCUGGAUAGGAGGACAGCCGAUUUAUGCACCAAUGAGCCAACAAUCUCAGAUGUACCCGCUGCUCUAUGCAGGAUCUGUUUCAGGCAAGAGUAUCCCCAUGAAGCCCAUGCCUCUCCCUCCUCCUCAGUCUUCAGCCUACAGCAUGCCCCCUCCCAGCGGCAACCACACGCCUGCCAACACCAAUCAGAUGCUUGAUUACCUGGAGGGCCAGGUGAGGGGGCUGGACAUGAAUAGUCCACUGCUACAGUCCCAGCCACCUCCACCCCUCCACAUGCAGCAGAUCCCACCUCCUCCACAGCACAUGACCACCAACGUCCCAUUUUCCCCCGGCCCUCCCAGCAUGAUCUCUGCCCUUGAUGAUGGCCCAAUGGAUCGUCGUGUCAUCACACUUCCACCGAUAAGAGAACAGGGCAGAAUCCCACCACCUGCACCCAAAACUCGACCCCCAAGCUCCAGCGAGAGCAGCCGCAGCGGCUUCGGCCGCCGUCAUGAACGAGGAGGAGCGGGCCGGCGUUACCCUUCACCGCCAAGGUCUAGAGGCAUUCCCAGGAGCCACAGCCAGGAUUUACUGGAUGGGAUGAGUCACAAUGGGGAGCGACGAGGCAUGGACCGCCCCCGUUCCCGUUCUAGGGAUGACCUUUUUGACACGAGGUCCAGAGGAAACUACUCGCGCUCAAGAGGGUCCUGGAGCUCUGAUGAUGAGGACAGCAGCAGGAGAGGAGGAGGAGGAGGAGGAGGAGGGAGGAGAGGAGGUGGAGGGUGGUCUGAUAAUCCUCCCACCUACAGCGAGUACGAGCCUGGACACAAACCAGGUGCACGGAGGAAUGAACACUACUCCGCCAAGAGUUCUCGCAGUGGCACCAGUGUCGUCAUCUGAGCCCUCCGGCUGUGAAAUGCCUGCGACCUCUGUUUCAGAGAACAUGCACACCUCACCAGAACUGGGAGCCAUGUUGGCUGGCUUCUGGUAAACUUUUAAAUGACAUAUGUUUUAUGUAUUUAAAUAGUCAAGAAGCUACUUUUUUAUCACCUUUUAUCACAAGUGAAAAGCUGGCAGAAGGAUUUAUAAAAUGUGAAGUUGAGAGAUUCACAAGUGACCUAUUUGGUAGACUACAAAUAUUGUUUUUUUUUUUUUCUAAUAUUGCUCAGAUAAAUCAGCCAAUCUUUGCUGUGACUACUAAACAGAUUUUGGGAUAAUAUUCCCCUCUGCUGGUUCAUCAAUGUAAUUAAUAUUUUCAGAGGAGAUUUGGACUUCUCCUUUAAAACACUUUAUUUGUUAAUGCAGUAACACAGAUAAUUACUUUUUGAUGAAGCCAUAACAACGUUAAGAGGAACUCACUCUCAGGGCCAGUUAAUUAACAAGUAAAAACUGGCCAACUACUAUUAAAACCCAUAUAAAUAUGAAUAGACUCAUGUGAAUGCUUAAGGAAGUUUGUAGCAUUUUAUAAUUUUUGUAAAUAGUUAUUGUUCAUGUCUCCUGGAUAGGUUGAAGUGACUAUAAUGUAUAUGUUUAAGUAAUGUUAUGGUGGAAAAGGUGUUUAUUAGCAUUAACAUCGGCCACUGUGCAGAUGAUGAAACAGUGGUUUCAACUUUUUGUACAUAUUGAAGUAUUUACACUCAGUGCUUUUAAAUAACUGUAAACACAAUGUGUAAAUAAGGAAAAGUUGAAUGGUGUUUACAUAGGAAGCAAAUGUUACCGGUCUGUACAAUGGUUGUUGGGUUCUUUUUUUCAGUGUACAUGUCUGGAAACUUGCCUGGUUUCUUUUCUUCAUGUUGUUCUUGUAAUCAUGGUUAAUUUCAGAAGUUAACAGUGGAAUAAAAAUCACAUCCACGUAGAAUUAAAGUGGUUGAUUAGCUGGAUGUUCCACUGAUGUUUUAAAGGCAUUUUUUUCAUUUGUUUUGUUUUUUACACUGCACAGUCAGUUUGUCUUAAUUAAGAAUAUUGAUAAUAAAUGUUUUACCUUCGGGUAUAACAAAA